UAAAGUGCAGAGAAAAAGGGAUUUUGUAAUUAAUUCCAGCAUCUGCUCGUGUCCUCUCUGUGGGCCCUCCCAUAAAUUGCCCAACGCUACCGUUUGUGCUUUUAUUUUAUCACCUAAGUGCGUUAUCUCCAGUCCCAAAUAGAAAAAUCAGAGGCGCAAACAAAAGGGGUUUUCGUUUGGUUUUAUCUUCUUCUGAUGAUUCAUACUUCUUCGCGUAAAGUUCCUCUUGCUGUAUUUGCCUGAUAUCAAGUGAGUUGAAACUCGAAAUGGGCCAGCUGUGUGAUUUCUGCCGUGAGCAGAGAUCCAUCGUCUACUGCAUGUCCGAUGCCGCUUGCCUGUGUUUAUCCUGUGAUAGAACUGUACACUCUGCGAAUGCUCUCUCGAAACGCCACUCGAGGAGCCUCGUGUGUGGGAAAUGCCAAUCUCUUCCCGCGAUUACUCGAUGCAUGGAUGAAAAUAUCUCACUUUGCCAAAAUUGCUAUUGGUCUGAACAUGGGGCAUCUGGUUCUCAACACAAGACACGGACGAUCAAUUCCUACUCCGGUUGUCCCACUGCGAAUGAAUUUUCAAGAAUUUGGUCCUUUUUUAAGGUGGACAAAUCAGGUUGGGAUUUGGAAGGAGGAGAAGAAAGGGCUCAUGAAUGUCAACUGGUGUGGAAUGAUUUCAGCGUGGAGGAUAAUGCUGGUAUGGACGUGUUAGCUCCCGAUGUCGAGCGAUUUCGUGAAAAUGGAUCACUGAAUUUUCCUGGUCAGAAGAAAGGAUUCCGGAAUUCCUCCCAUCAGUCCGAUUCCCCUGCAUUCAUGGUCAUUAGUCUGUUGCUGUUGGUUGACUGGGGACCUGGUUUGGAGAAGGCAUGUUUGUCGAGAACAAAACAUCAUGGAACCCCUCAUGAUACUCUCUACCAGGAACAACUCAAUAUCUCUGAUACAGACUUGAGUUUCGAAAACUAUGAUGCACUUUUUGAUGAUGCAGAACAAUUUUUCAAGAAUGGUGGGAUGGAUAGCUUGUUUGAAACCGAAAAUUUGCACGGCGCUGAUUGCAAUUCUGAGUGUGUACAAGUGGAGACGUCCGCAAGUACAAAGAGUGAAGCCAUGCAGCCAGCCUGCAGCAAUCAAGUAUCUGUCGACUCCAUUACAAGCUGUAAAUCUGAUGAUCAAAACAUUUGCUUUCAUGGGCCCACCCAAUCACUUUCAUUUUCUGGCUGGAAUGGAGAAGAUGACACUUUAGAUAAGCCCAGGUGUGGAGAUGUUGUAAUGGAGGAACAUCUGUGCAAUGUACCUUGUCCCGAAUAUCCACUGUCAUCGGCUAUCAGGGAUGUAGCAGUUUUACGGUACAAAGAGAAAAGAAAGUCACGCAAGUUCGAUAAGAAGAUAAGAUAUGCUUCACGGAAAGUGAGGGCUGACGUUAGGAAGCGCGUGAAGGGACGUUUUGUGAAAGCUGGCGAGCCUUAUGAUUAUGACCCACUUGACUUUAUAAGAAGCCAUUGAAUGUACUAAGUGGGAGAUGGAAAAGAUUUCCUGGUCGUACCAUCUUUUGUACAUAAAGAAGGAUCUUCAUAGUGGUAGCCGUAUUUCUAAUUUUUGUCAAAAAUCAUAAACACGUAAUUAUCUUGCUAAUUUGUACUUAUCACGAUCAGUGUGAUGAUGUAUUUGGUGAAUGAGUUUUACUGUAAUCUAAAAGCAGCCAUUGAGGAUGCUCUACUGAUUCGUAUUCAGUUUGUAGAUAUAUCCGUCAGGUAGACUAGUUGAGCUGUGACUCGAUUAGCUGUUGUGUCGUGAGAUGUAAAUGUCUUGUUCUGCAUCUUUGGAAGCAAUGUGAAGUUUAUGUGAAUAUUAUCAUGUGAUAUCAUGACAUGUCCUGUGCUUUCUGUAAAUUUGUUAGUUUGACAUGUGAUAUGUAGAACAGCUGAGGGAUUACUGUUUUUUUAAAGUAGGAAAUGUUG